AUGGGAGGAGAGAAGAUUGGGUCAACCGCCUCCGAUCGAGAGACGAGCGGAGGAAUGAAUGACGCCUGCCCGGACACGACGGAGGUCUUCUCCUUUAUUCCGUCGCAGGAGGAGGAGGUGUCCUUGGUACUUGAGGCCACGCCCACCAGAGACACACCUCCCAUGAUUCAUCCUGAAGAAGAUGAUGAUGAGAAAAAAAAAUUACCAUCUGCCAAUGACAUCUUUGCGGAAUUCAACUUCAUGAUGGCUCACUCCGGACCAGCUGCUCCAGGAAACCGUACCGCCCGUCAAUCCGGCUACGGACAGCCAGAAUUCAACCCAUCAUCCAACCUACAAUUCGACCACCAGAACCAGCUGGAUCACCAGGACAGACAGGAAUUCCAAGAAAACAAACAGCUGCUUCAUUCGAGCCAACCACCCCAGCACAAUGCAAGCCAUGCCCAAAAGGACCACCCGGACCACCAGGGCCACCAGGAGCCCCAGGAGACCCAGGAGAAGCUGGAAACCCCAGGAACCGACGCUACCACAGGACUUCCAGGACGUGGACCACCAGGAUCAUCAGAAAAGUUUGGACAUCCAGGACCACAAAGAGACGCAGGAGCACAAGCCCAAUCCGAUCCACUUACACCAGGAGAACCACGGGAAGCAGUAGAUGCUGGAGACCUAAGAGAGGCUGGAACCCCAGGAAACCCAGAAGCCGACGCUACCCCAGGGUUUCCAGAAGCAUGUGGACCCCCAGGACCACCAGGUGGCCCAGGAGCACCAGCCCAAUCCGAGUCACUCACCCCAAGAGCACCAGGAGAUGCUGGCAAGCUUCGAAUCAAUUCAAAUUUCUAUUUAGUCCCACAAUCUUUUUGA